AUGGAAAUGUGUGGAUACGAUUUGCGAGAAGGCACGAAUAAGAAUGGAGUUUACGAAGACAAGGUUCGGUACGACUUGAAUGGAACUCAGAAAGUCACGAUUCUCACUGAUGAGUUUAACAAAAUCGUCAGGAGGCACAACAAAACAGAGCCGCUUUUCGCUUAUCUCUCAUUUCAUGCGGUUCAUACACCAAUUGUGAUCAACAAAAAGGAUAUUACCCAAAUCAAAGACACGUACCAGCGAACAAAUAAGAACUGCAACAAAAAGCGGACUCAAAUUCUCUCGAUGGGUACCGGAAUGGAUCGAGCUAUCGGGCGAAUAGUCGAAACACUGCAGCGAAACAACAUGUGGGAAAAUACUAUCAUCGUAUUCGCAAAUGACAACGGUGGCCGCGCCACGAUUUCUGACAAUUUUCCAUACAAACGAAACAAAUCUUCUACCCUUGAAGGCGGUAUCAGAGUUCCCGCAUUUAUCCAUUCCAAUCUUCUUCCUGAAAGUCGACGAGGAGAAAGAACAGACAAUCUGAUGGACAUGACUGACUGGCUUCCAACACUUUUAUCAAUGUCCCAAUGCAGAGCUCGGCCUUUUGCGGACAAGCCACUCGAUGGAAUUGACCAGUCGGCAAUGAUCGCGUCCGAGAUUGAAGAUGUUCCUACAACAGGCCCUCGCGAUGAAAUUCUGCAUCAUAUGGACUAUCUCAAGACAUUCUCGCAUCGAAAUCUCGAGGAUCCAAGAGAAUUUCUGACUCCCAUCCGAGAAGAACUAAAAGAAAAGGGCUUCAACAUCAAAUUUCACACUGGAAUUCGAUACAAGAAUUGGAAACUUCUGACCGGCUACGUUGUUUUCAGAGACUACAAACUCGAGAGACAUCAUCUUGAAAGCCAGACUGAAGGCUCGGGUGAUUCAGAUCCUACUCUUGAGCUUGGUAAACUUGUGGCUCUGUUUGACAUAGUAGAGGAUUACAGAGAAAAAACGGACAUAUCCGAGCAAAACCCUGAAAUCGUGAAGCUUUUACUUGACAAGCUCGCUGACUACUACCAGAGCUCGGUUGAUAUCAGAUUUCCAAAGCUAAUGCCAGAAGCUGACCCGAAAAAUUUCAACGACACUUGGACGCCUUGGAUUAAAACAGCAGAAGAACAUGGCUUUAAUCACCCUCUUCAAAUCCAGUUCUACAACUUAGAGAUCGAUCGGCUUUUCUACUCCGUCGACAUGCACCUUGUUGAAAAUUCCGAAUACCGGAGUGAAUUUAAACUCAGAAAACACAGCCGCGCAUCUAUGAGGAAAUCUGCCGCUGGAAAUGCUUAA